AGGACCUGGGAGGUGGCCUACAAGAGGAGCAGGAGCCGGCAAGGUCAGAUGCGAGGUGUCCAGCCUGCAUAAAGGGGUUGUGAGGGUGUAUCAGCAGCUGCCUUGCCAUGGCCUCCUGGGCCCUCCUGCUCCUCGCCUCGGUGCUCCUGGCUACCCCAGGUCUGACCUAUUCUGGUCUGAUCCCUGAGGACCAUGAUGACCUGUCCACGGCCGACAUUUGUCAGGAAGAGCAGUUCUUCAGGAGACUGGCCCAGGAGGCUGCCCAGGGCGACCAGCAGUUCAACCAAUGUGAUAUUUGUCGAAUGAUAAUGACUUGGCUGAGGACUUGCGUGGGACCGUCCCAGAUUCAGGAAGCCAUUCAGAAGGCUACAACAGCGGUGUGCUCAAAGAUUCCAGCGGUGGAAAAAGUCUGCAAAGAUAUCCUCACCAGAGUUUUGUGUAGUGUUGCCCAGUUUUUCCUGAAUAGUGAUCCCUCCAGGGAUAUCUGUGUGACCUUCAGGUUGUGCAGACAUCAAGUAGGUGACCAAGGAGCUGGGACCUUACUCCACCCCGGGGAGAAGCACAGAGUCUCCAGCAGGCACCGCCAGCUCCUGCCUUCCUAAAUCCAGGACGGACCCUCCAGUUUCUCUCAGCUAGCUCCCUGCAGUGUCGUCCCCUGGCAGGAGAAUAAAAUGUCUUGCAAGCUUUUG